AUGCCUACGGAGGACAUGGGUCAAGAGCUGCUCGUGCGUAAGGACGAUGGCGAGCCUGGGAUGAAAGUCGUGAUCUCUUCGGCGUUCAAGCACCACCCCUUCUGCUCCGCCUACGUCAGUUCUUCUCCACCGGAGGCUUCGGCGGCCUCUAUCACCUUGCAGUCGCCAAGCAAGCAGACGAUAGUGGGGGAUUGCUCCAGCAGGGCAAAAAGUCUCGGAGAGAACCCAGAGCAGGGCUGGGUGGAGGUUGUGGUGGAUGACAACUACGACAAGAUCGUGAGCGAAGAGAUGAUUCGUGUCGGCCUGCAGCAGCAGGUCCGGAUUGACUCUCGGAAGAACUCGCAAGACGCAAGGAACGGUUAUGAGAUGCAGAUGGAGCUGUUCGAUCUGCUCAAGGACCCCAGCAGCUCCUUGUACAAGAGGAACUCGUUCGAUGGCAAGCGAAUCCUUGAUGGAUGGUUGAUCUCUCCAACUUCUGCUGAGAAGUCUUUUCUCACAUUUCUCUCUUUCCAGCAAGAGUUCGAAGCUCAGCUUUCACCUUCAGUCGGCUUGAAAGGAGAGCAGAAGAGAGAAAAUCGCAUCCAGGAACGAGAGAAGGAGCGAGCGGCUGAGCUCUAUAGAGGAGAGGAGCAGAAGAUGGAGAGGCAUGCAGGGCGGGCACUGGAAGAAGCAAGCAUGCGGCCCGUGGUCAGCCAUCAGAGGGAAGCGAGUUGGGAGGGUUUCAGCAGCCUCAAGGUUUCUGACGAGAGAUCUGAUCGUCCUACCUCAAGCCCGUCCUCGAAUCUGAAACGAAGUCUGCUGGAGAGGAACUACAACUUCCUUGACGCCAGGGCGCAGGCUGAGUACGAGAUCCGGCAGAACCGACUGGUGGAAGCAGAUCUCAACGACGCCAGAUCACGAAUCAGCUUCCUAGAGAGAGAGCUAGAGACAUCUCUUGCAGGAAAUUCCCGGCUCGAGCAUCGUCUGCGGGACAUGGAGGAGGAGCUGCUGAAGAUGAAGACUGAGAACGCGAGGUUGAAGGUGGCCAACGAGUUCAAGGAAAAAGAACUUGACAUGAUCCAGAAGAAGCAAUCAGAGGAAUCGAUCAAUCACAAGACAAUGAUCAAAUUGCAGUUGAAAGAUGUCGCUGCAAGGGCGCAGAAACAGAUUGUCGAGUUGGGAACUUUAGUACAUUCUCUCAAGACUCAGUUGAAUCAGUCUCAGUCAGAUCAGCGAGACGCGCAGGAGAGGUUACAGGGAGCGCAGGAGGAGCUGAAGAAGCUGCGGUCAGAGAAGCAACUUGAUCACGCUACCAUCGGCGAUCUGCGCACUUCGCCACGAGACAGGAAGCUGCAGGGGAGUGAAGAAACUUUGAGGAUGCGAAGUCAAACGUUUGAAGAGAAGCUGGAGCAUCUUGAAGCAAGCUUGCAAUCUGCCGUGGAGAGAGAAGAAGAGCUGAGAAAGUACAACGAGGAGGAUGCUGCUUCUCGUCAGCGUCAGGGCGAGCAACUUGCUCUCAAGGAGGAGCAGCAGAAGGAGCAGGAGAGGGUGAAGGAGCUCGAGGCUGAUAUCUUGGUGGUUACGACGAGAGAGAAGGAGAUUAUGCAGCAGCUUCACAAGAACAAGGAGGCUGAACACAUCGAAGAGCUCGAGGACAAGGUCGAGAGUCUGAUCGCGUCCAAGAGAGAGAUCGCACAGAGCCUGCAGAAAGAGCAGGAGAGGGCCGUGAGGUUGGACGCGAACCUGCACGACCAGCUGGCGAAGCAUCAGGUGCUGGAGAACGAGAUGAAGCAUGAGAAGGAAGCAAGCAGACUGUCGACGAUGAGGAUCAAAGAACUUACGGCAGCCAUGGAGGCUCUGCAGAGGGAGUUGCACCAGAAGGAUGUUGACCUCAACAUGCUGAAAGAGGCUCUGGAUCAGACGGAUCGCAGGCAGGCAGACCUGGAGGAGAGGGUGAAGACUGAGCGAGAGCGCGUAGUCGGCAAGGUUGAAACGGUAGAGAUCAGGGGUGAAAUGUUGCGAGCUAGAGGCUGA